AGAAUCGAACCUCUCACCUCAUCAAUUCAUUUUGUAGCCCUGGAAAAAGGAGCUCUAUGUCGCGCACAUUAUGAGCCCUCCUUUUAAAUAUAAUUCUUGUGUUACAGAGGUAGGGUAGAUUUGGGUUUCAAGUAAAUACUUAGCUUCCGUGGCAACUUGUACUUCCUUGUCACACAAGGUUGUAGGGAUUUUUCUCUUCCAUGUCCUUAUAUGCCUAUAAUAUAACAGAUAACUGGCUUCCAUUGCAAGCAGUUUCUGAAACAGCUUAGUUUGGAGAUUGUUUUGUGGGAGGAGAUUUUGAGUCACAGCCAUGAAGGGGAUUCUGUACUACUGUUCUGUUGGAGCAGCAGCUAUGAAGGUUGGAAGAGUGUUAGUUAUCAUCAUGCUUCUCUUGGCUGUUCUCAUCUCAUUCAGGGCUCCAGGGGCCUCUGGAAUGAGAAACUCUGUUGGAAUUAGGCACAGAAUGGAUGCAGGGCAUGGAGGAGUUAAAUUUGACAAAGGGGCUAAAGCAGAUCUGAAUUAUGGCAAUGUUAAGCGUAGAGUCCCCAAUGGUUCAGACCCAAUUCAUAACAGAGCUGGGAAAUCAGGGGAGCCUCCAGCAGUGUAGCACAAGGAAGAAUUUCAUGAAGAAAAAUUAGCAUCAAUGGAGCCCUUGGAGGAAGUAGUGGUUUGCCAGUAUAUUAAUACGCGACUAAAUCUAUCACUUCUGAGUACAGGGUAAAAAUUUAGAAAAAGGCUUCUACGACCCAAAAAAAAAUAUAUAUAUAUAGUUGAAGCAACUGUAUCAGUCCCAUACAUAUCAUGACUUUUUUUAUGGUAUUCAUGUUAUUUUACACUGUACAGACAACAAAAUUGUCAGAUUUGCUUGUUUUGCAGACAUAUUUUUGAACUUACAGAAUAGUGAGAAAAAAAAUAUAUGAAGAUAAAAUUAUGAGUCAUCA